UAAAUAUAUUCUUCUUUCCUCCAUACCAUUCUCUAAAAAUUCUAUUAGGACCAUUUCCUUUCUUUUCUACUACUGUAUCUCUUCUUUCUUCUCUGCCACAAACGCGUAAGCCGAAAAUAUACCUAGAAAGCAUUCCUUUUAAGUGGUCACCGAGCACUCAGUCUAUGUACAUACAUACCCAUUUUUCGUUUUUAUUUUUUUCUGGUCUUUCUCGGUCCCCCUGCGUUGAGUCCACUUCUCUCUUUAGUUUUAAUUUCUAGUGCUUAAGCUUGUCUUUUACUUGCUUCUCUUUCCCUUUUCCUCUCAAGAAAAUUUUUUCUCUCUGGUACGGCUAACUCCGCGUUCUUGUCUUUUCCAUUAGAUUCCCGACGCGUUCCAAGACUAAUAAUAAUACUUCCUCCACUUCUUUAAAAUAUCCCUCUCUCACACAAUAUUAACAACUAACAACCAAAACCAAACAUGCCAACUUAUAUUCAAAGAUAAAAACCAAAUUUGAUUUCGAUGAGAGGAUUACCUAAGCAUGAGCGCCGUUGGGCGUCGGAUACGGUUCCUGGUAAGCUAACCGUCAGUGCCGGAACUUCUCCCGGGACGGAAUCCAAUUCUGGUGAGGAAUUCGUUGAAGUCACACUUGAUUUACAGGAUGAUGACACUAUUAUCCUACGGAGUGUGGAGCCGGCCACGGUUCUUAAUAUUGAAGAUGGAAGUGGAGCUCUCUCAGCUGGACCAGAAACUCCGGCGUCUGCGUCUGCAUCGGUGUCGAGAUCACCGUCAACUAUCAGACGAAGUUCGUCUAGAAAUUUUUUGCAGUUGUCACAGGAGUUGAAAGCAGAGGCGGUGGCCAAAGCGAGACAAUUCUCGCAGGAGUUAAAAGCGGAGUUAAGGAGGUUUUCGUGGAGCCAUGGACAUGCGGCGAAAGUGUUAUCGGCUUCGCAGAACAAUGGUGGUGGCGGCGGAGGUGGAUUCGAAUCAGCGUUAGCGGCUCGAGCUUUGAGAAAGCAAAGAGCUCAGUUGGACCGGACACGAUCCGGUGCUCAAAAAGCGCUGCGUGGAUUGAGAUUUAUAAGUAACAGAAAAACGAAUGGUUUAGAUGCAUGGAACGAAGUUCAAAGCAACUUCGAUAAGCUUGCCAAGGACGGUUAUCUUUAUCGAGCAGAUUUUGCCCAAUGCAUAGGGAUGAGAGACUCUAAGGAGUUCGCACUCGAACUGUUUGAUGCAUUGGGUAGGAGACGGAGAUUGAAGGUGGACAAGAUCAGCAGAGACGAGCUUUAUGAAUUCUGGUCACAAAUUUCCGAUCAAAGCUUCGAUUCUCGUCUCCAGAUCUUCUUCGACAUGGUGGACAAGAAUGAAGAUGGUAGAAUUACUGAAGAAGAAGUAAAAGAGAUUAUCAUGCUAAGUGCAUCUGCAAACAAGUUGUCGCGAUUAAAGGAACAAGCAGAGGAGUAUGCUGCUUUGAUCAUGGAAGAGUUGGACCCUGAAAGACUUGGCUAUAUCGAGCUAUGGCAACUGGAAACGCUUCUCCUCCAAAAGGACACGUAUUUAAACUAUAGCCAAGCACUAAGCUACACCAGCCAAGCUUUGAGCCAAAACUUGCAAGGACUAAGAAAGAAAGGCCCAAUAAGGAGAUUAAGCAAGCAGCUAAUCUACUUUUUACAAGAGAAUUGGAAAAGAAUUUGGGUUUUGGCACUAUGGGUCAUGAUAAUGAUUGGCUUAUUCACAUGGAAAUUCUUUCAAUACAAGCAAAAAGAUGCUUUUCGGGUCAUGGGUUAUUGUCUUCUAACAGCUAAAGGUGCAGCAGAAACAUUAAAGCUCAAUAUGGCUCUCAUUCUCUUGCCCGUCUGCAGAAAUACCAUCACCUGGCUCAGGUCCACAAAGUUGGGUUACUUGGUUCCAUUUGACGAUAACAUAAACUUUCACAAGACUAUUGCAGCUGCAAUUGUAAUUGGUGUCAUUCUCCAUGCUGGAAAUCACCUUGCCUGUGAUUUUCCAAGGCUUAUAAACUCAUCUGAUAAAGACUAUGAUGAUUACUUGAAAAAUGAUUUUGGAGGACAUAAGCCCACAUAUGCUAAAUUGGCAAGAGGGGCUGAGGGCGUGACGGGAAUUCUAAUGGUUAUCUUCAUGGCAAUUGCAUUUACUCUUGCGACUCGAUGGUUCAGGCGAAGUCUUAUUAAGUUUCCAAAACCUUUUGAUAGACUCACUGGGUUCAAUGCAUUCUGGUAUUCUCACCAUUUAUUUGUCUUUGUAUACAUCCUGCUCAUCAUUCAUGGAGUAUUCCUCUAUUUGGUGCAUAAAUGGUACCUAAAGACG